AUGAUUGAUACCCAGGAUAAAUAUGUUUUUGGUAGAGACCAAAAGGAAUCAGAACGUAUCUGGCUGAAAGAUGUUUCCCAGCUCCUGGAGAAAACCAACACCCAGUGUUACUAUCACGGGUUUGAUAUAUCGGCGGACCAAUUCCCAAAAAAUCCGGAAAACAUUCAACUAUCUGUCCAAGAUAUCACGUUGCCGUUUCCCAAGGAAUAUUGGAAUCGGUUUGAUAUAGUCCAUGUGAGACUACUUGUUGCUGCUCUCCAGGAAUCUGAUUAUAAAGCUGCAGUCUCUAAUCUUUCUGCCAUCUUGAGGCCGGGCGGCUUUCUACAAUGGGAGGAAAUCGACGAGGAAUCGUAUAUUUCAGCCGACAACCCAGUUAUUCAAGAGAUUCGACGAUGUUUCGCUUUUUCAUUGAAGGCGGAAGGCAAAUGUUUUGCAGCAUCAACUAAGAUCUACGAAGAGUGCGAAGCAGCUGGUUUUCUGAAUAUUGUGCGACUGGGUUAUAGCUCAAAGUCGAAAGAUGACAUCCGCCUUGACACAGAGAAAAGGCUUGCUGCAAUAAUGGAGUCGCUGUAUGCAAGGCUUUUGCUGCGGUCUAAGCAGGUUGCUGACGAAACGGCGGCAUUGAAACAGGCCGAGGAGUUGAUCGAGAAGCAUUGGCGUCUUUGCGCUGAAGGGAAUUCCCCACCACUCACUCUUAUGAGGGUUGUUGCUCAGAAGCCACUAGAUAGCUAG